CCCCGAUAACCAGCCUCAUUUAUAUAGUCAGCGUACCUCGGUCGCCAACAUUCCACGAAGUGUACUCGAGUAGAGGUGUUGUGCAGCAUAUCCGAGGCUGUGCAAUAGCGAUAGUAAUUUAUUUAUUUAAUAGGACUAUUUAAUAAAAACUAAUUCACAAUGUGCGACGAAGAAGUUGCCGCGCUGGUAGUGGACAAUGGAUCCGGUAUGUGCAAGGCCGGCUUCGCGGGAGACGACGCUCCCCGUGCCGUGUUCCCAUCGAUCGUGGGCAGACCUCGCCACCAGGGCGUCAUGGUGGGCAUGGGGCAGAAGGACUCGUACGUAGGAGACGAGGCCCAGAGCAAGAGAGGCAUCCUCACGCUCAAGUACCCCAUCGAACACGGCAUCGUCACCAACUGGGACGACAUGGAGAAAAUCUGGCACCACACCUUCUACAACGAGCUGCGAGUUGCGCCCGAAGAGCACCCCGUGCUGCUCACAGAGGCUCCCCUCAACCCUAAGGCCAACAGGGAGAAGAUGACCCAAAUCAUGUUCGAGACCUUCAACACACCCGCCAUGUACGUGGCCAUCCAGGCUGUGCUCUCGCUGUACGCGUCCGGUCGUACCACCGGUAUCGUGCUCGACUCCGGUGACGGUGUCUCCCACACCGUGCCUAUCUACGAAGGGUACGCGCUCCCGCACGCCAUCCUGCGUCUGGACUUGGCCGGUCGCGACCUCACAGACUACCUCAUGAAGAUCCUUACCGAGCGCGGUUACUCCUUCACCACUACCGCCGAGAGAGAAAUCGUGCGUGACAUCAAGGAGAAGCUUUGCUACGUCGCGCUCGACUUCGAGCAGGAGAUGGCCACCGCCGCCUCCAGCAGCUCGCUCGAGAAGUCCUACGAGCUUCCCGACGGUCAAGUCAUCACCAUCGGAAACGAAAGGUUCCGUUGCCCAGAGGCUCUCUUCCAACCUUCAUUCUUGGGUAUGGAAGCUUGCGGCAUCCACGAAACCACUUACAACUCGAUCAUGAAGUGCGAUGUCGACAUCCGUAAGGACUUGUACGCCAACACAGUAUUAUCUGGAGGUACCACGAUGUACCCAGGAAUCGCCGACCGUAUGCAAAAGGAAAUCACAGCACUGGCACCAUCCACGAUGAAGAUCAAGAUCAUCGCUCCCCCAGAGAGGAAGUACUCCGUAUGGAUCGGAGGAUCCAUCCUGGCUUCCCUAUCGACCUUCCAACAGAUGUGGAUCUCGAAACAGGAGUACGACGAGUCCGGCCCCUCGAUCGUACACAGGAAGUGCUUCUAAGCGCGCUGUGUUCGCGCAGAGCUGCCCCCAGCAGCAGCCCGCGGCUCGGCCGGUCCCGCGGCCGGCUGCUCAACUCAGGCUUGUAAUCUCCGUUAAUUUAAUUGUACGUAAGAUAUUAUAUGUAAUUAAAUCGUAAUAGUGACGGCAGGACGGAGCGCGGCGCCGCGGGCGCGCCUCGACCGCCGGCCUCGGUACUGCACUCGCCAAAGGAUCUUUUUGUAAUCUCAUGAAUGAUGAUUGUAUGUGCUGAAACGGAUAAGACUACUUUCUUACUAGGUCAUUUAUAAAUUAUAAAAGAAAGAAAAUACAUGAAAAAAAUUCGUAAAAUUUAA